GCAGCCCACCGAACCAGGCGAAGGUCAGACCUUAUAAAAGCUGAAGGUCCUCUCCUUCAAGCAUUGUAGAGGAAGAAAGAUGGCAGCGUCUUCCAUGAGCCUGACUUCGUCUUUGCGUGGAAGCUGGGGUUCGUCAAUAGCGGGGGAGGAAUGCAGCAAGUUGGCAAGGUUGGUACCGCCGGCGUCGGUGCGGCAAACCAGGCCCGGCCGAUGCACCCCUGUCAUGAAGAAUGGGAACGAAGGGAAGGGCGUGUUCGCGCCGCUGGUGGUGCUGACGAGAAACAUCAUCGGCAAGAAGCAUUUCAACCAACUCAGGGGAAAAGCAAUUGCCCUGCACUCUCGGAUUAUUACUGAGUUCUGUAAAUCAAUCGGUGCGGACAGCAAACAGAGGCAAGGCUUGAUUCAGUUGGCAAAGAAGAACGGAGAGAGACUUGGAAUGCUGGCCUGACAUGAGCAGUUACAGCUUUUCUUAUGUAGUUUAAUGGUGCUUAUAGUGUACGAGAUGCAAAUAACUGGUCAUCUUUCCUAAUGAGACACUUGUUCCAACUAAAAUUUUGCAAGACAUCU